AUGGCACGCUUUUCAAAUAAAGUCGCAAUCAUCACUGGUUCUUCAAAUGGAAUCGGAAGAGCGACUGCUAUUAUUCUGGCAAAAGAUGGUGCAAAAGUAACAAUUACUGGAAGAAAUGCUGAACGUCUCGAAGAAACAAAACAACAAAUAAUUGCAGCCGGAAUUGGUUCAGAAAACAUUAAUGUAAUUGUUGGAGACAUUACAACAACCGAGAUUCAAGACAAAAUAAUCAAUUCAACAAUCGAAAAAUUUGGAAAAAUCAACAUCCUUGUGAACAAUGCUGGUGCUCCAUUUAUGGAUAGUGUCGGAACUCUUGGAUUCAGUCAAGAUAUUUCAAUCUACGAUAGUACUUUUGAAUUAAACCUGCGGAGUAUUGUAAUUCUAACUCAAAAAGCGAGACCAUAUUUGGAAGCAACUAAAGGUGAAAUCAUAAAUGUCUCCAGUAUAACUUCCGGACCACAAGCGGUAGGAUCUAAAGUUUCAGAUUUCAAAGAUAACAAUUUUUCAGCAUUCUGGAAUUCCAUUCUACUCAAUGUCAAAAGCCGCACUCGAUCAAUUCACAAGAAACAUCGCAAUCGAAUUAAUUCCCUUUGGUGUUCGUGUAAAUUGUGUUAACCCAGGUUUAGUUGUUACUGGUUUUCCUCAAGCUAUGGGAACACCUUUGGAAGCAUCAAAAACAAUCUACGAUUUUAUGGGUUCAAAUCGUGAUUGUAUUCCAAUUGGAAAAACAGCGGAUCCCUCAGAUAUUGGAAAUAUAAUUGCAUUUUUGGCCGAUCGUAGUCAAUCUUUCUACAUUGUUGGUCAAACAAUUCAAGCCGACGGUGGAACAACUUUAAUUAUGGCAAUGAAUACUCAUAAUUUAAUGGAACUUUUGAAAUAA